UCCCACAAUUACUGAUAUCCAUCUGCCCAUUGACAUGACACAUGGUGAUUGCUCCACUCUGAGUUGGUCAGUGUCUGGGUUCAAUCCACGGCCCAUUGUAAUUGCUGUAUUACUGAAGAGAGGAGGGGAGCGGACACCAGAGAAACUGUUUUAUUGGCAGACGAUAGAGAAAGAACAACCUGCAGGAAACAAGCCAGUAGGCAUUCCAGUUACCUCUCUCACACAGGAUGUCUCCAUCACUCCCUCGAUGGCGGUGAUUACACAGAGAACAACUGGGACUUUCGGUGUGAGGUGCGACGUUACCAUGUGUGCUGAUGUAUCCAGGGAUGAUGGCACUGAGUUGAUUGUUCAAAUUAAACACGAGGCUCUGAAGGGAUCUCUGAAGGAAGCUAAAAUUGGAACAUUACACGUUAAAGGGGUUCCUCCUAAAAUUACAAUUCCGAAACCCAGGAAAAUGACACAUGGUGAGAGAGCUGAGCUGCAAUGUGCAGUGACUGGGUUCACUCCUGGGACGAUAUCGAUUGUUUCCAGUCUACAGAGGAAAGAACAGCCACUAAGACAACUGUUUCACUGGGAAAUUCCAAAUAAGAAAGCAUUUCGAAGUUCAACAAAAUCCUUUCAUCUUGAAGACAAAUCAGAUAGAAACAAUAAAGAUGCCGCCAUCACUGCUGAGGUGCCCAAAUGUGAACCUGACACCAAAGACGGAACCUUCAGAGUAAAUUACAGAAUCGUUAUGACUCCUCAUGAGGCCACGGAUGAUGGAGCUGUUUUAAUUGUUCAGGUUAAUCAUGAGGCAUUGCCAGUGCCUUUCACUGAGCAUUUCGGAAUAAACAUUGCUGGAGUUCCUCCUAAAAUUACAAUUCCGAAACCCAGGAAAAUGACACAUGGUGAGAGAGCUGAGCUGCAAUGUGCAGUGACUGGGUUUACUCCUGGGACCAUCUCGAUUGUUUACAGUCUACAGAGGAAAGAACAGCCACUAAGACAACUGUUUCACUGGGAAAUUCCAAAUAAGAAAGCAUUUCGAAGUUCAACAAAAUCCUUUCCUCUUGAGGACCGAUCAGACAGAAACAGUAAAGAUGCCGCCUUCACUGCUGAGGUGCCCAAAUGUGAACCUGACACCAAAGACGGAACCUUCAGAGUAAAUUACAGAAUCGUUAUGACUCCUCAUGAGGCCACGGAUGAUGGAGCUGUUUUAAUUGUUCAGGUUAAUCAUGAGGCAUUGCCUGUGCCUUUCACUGAGCAUUUCGGAAUAAACAUUGCUGGAGUUCCUCCUAAAAUUACUACAAUUGAGUCCACGCCCAAGCAAAUUAAACACGGUGAGAAAACCGAGCUGCAAUGGGCAGUGACUGGGUUCACUCCUGGGAAAAUGUCGAUUAUUUCCAGUCUACAGAGGAAUGGAGAGCAAAUAAGGCAACUGUUUCAUUGGGAAGCUCAAGACAAGAAAACAUUUGAAGGGAAGACAAGUGCCUUUUCUCUCAAAGACCUAUCAGAUGGACGCAAUAAAGAUGCCUCAUUCACUGCUCAGGUGCCCGAAUGUGAACAAGACAAACACAAAGGCGGAACCUUCAGAGUAAUGUGCAGCAUCACCGUGACUCCUGAUGCGUCCACGGAUAAUGAAGCUGAAUUAACUGUUCAGGUUAAGCACGAGGCUCUCAAUGACCGUGACACUUGCAUUGAGAGAAUAAAAUUACAAGUUCCUGGAGUUCCUCCUAAAAUUACUGCAAUUGAGUCCAAGCCCAAGGAAAUUAAACAUGGUGAGAAAACCGAGCUGCAAUGGGCAGUGACUGGGUUCACUCCUGGGAAAAUGUCGAUUAUUUCCAGUCUACAGAGGAAUGGAGAGCAAAUAAGGCAACUGUUUCAUUGGGAAGCUCAAGAUAAGAAAACAUUUGAAGGGAAGACAAGUGCCUUGUCUCUCAAAGACCUAUCAGAUGGACGCAAUAAAGAUGCCUCAUUCACUGCUCAGGUGCCCAAAUGUGAACAAGACAAACACAAAGGCGGAACCUUCAGAGUAAUGUGCAGCAUCACCGUGACUCCUGAUGCGUCCACGGAUAAUGAAGCUGAAUUAAUUGUUGAGGUUAAGCACGAGGCUCUCAAUAACCGUGACACUUGCAUUGAGAGAAUAAAAUUACACGUUACUGGAGUUCCUCCUAAAAUUACUGCAAUUGAGUCCAAGCCCAAGGAAAUUAAACACGGUGAGAAAACCGAGCUGCAAUGGGCAGUGACUGGGUUCACUCCUGGGAAAAUGUCGAUUAUUUCCAGUGUACAGAGGAAAGGAGAGCAAAUAAGGCAACUGUUUCAUUGGGAAGCUCAAGAUAAGAAAACAUUUGAAGGGAAGACAAGUGCCUUUUCUCUCAAAGACCUAUCAGAUGGACGCAAUAAAGAUGCCUCAUUCACUGCUCAGGUGCCCAAAUGUGAACAAGACAAACACAAAGACGGAACCUUCAGAGUAAUGUGCAGCAUCACCGUGACUCCUGAUGCGUCCACGGAUAAUGAAGCUGAAUUAACUGUUCAGGUUAAGCACGAGGCUCUCAAUGACCGUGACACUUGCAUUGAGAGAAUAAAAUUACAAGUUCCUGGAGUUGCUCCUACGGUGACUGAAAUUGACUUGCGUCCCGAGAUUAAACAUAGUGAAGUGGCCCGUCUGAGUUGGUCAGUCACCGGGUUCACUCCAAAGCCCAUUUCCAUUGUUUUCUUGCUGAAGAGGAAAGGGGAGCUGAAAGAGAAGAGGCUGUUUCACUGGCGUAUCCCAGAGAAGGGAGGAAUAGAUGACGAAGCAAAGAUGGGGAGCACUGCUCUCACAGACGUGAGGGAUCGCUGUGAAGAAGAUGACGCCAUCACUUCUGUGACACCCCACUGUGUGAGGAAGAACAAUGGGACAUUCAGUGUAAACUGCAGCAUUUGGAUAACUGCUGAUAUGUGCAGGGAUGAUAGAGCUGAGCUAAUUGUCGAAGUGAAUCACAAGGCUCUUAAGAUUCCUCUCACUACAACUAUGACAUUACAUGUUACAGGAGUUCCUCCCACAAUCACUGAAAUCAAGAAACCCUCUGAGAUCACGCCCGGGGAGCUGGCCAGCCUGAGCUGGGCAGUUGUUGGCUUCAGCCCACGGGCCAUCUCCAUUGUUACCUACGUGAAGAGGAAAGGGGAGCAGGAGAAAAAGAAAGUCUUUCAUUGGAGGAUCCCAAAGAAAGACGGGGAACCACAGGAAGCUAAGACGGCCAGUGUUCCCCUUGAAAAUGUCACAGAGGGCUGUGAGGAAGAUGGCUCCUUCACUGCUGUGAUGCCCCACUAUGUGCGGAAGAAUAAUGGGAUGUUCAGUGUAAACUGCAGUGUUUCGAUGUGUGCUGACCCCUCUAAGGAUGACGGAGCUGAAUUAAUGGUUGAGGUUGUCCAUGAGGCCCUCCAAGAGCCUCUUAUUGAGUCUGUAACAUUACAAGUUACAGACGGUGGGAAUUAACUUUCAGUCUUCCAGUCGCCAGACGGAUGGUUUGUGAGGAUAGUGCGAUUGCCAGUCUCCCCCUUGUUACGCACCUGACACAUCCACUGAGUGUUCACAAGAGCUACGGUCAUCGUCAUGGCUAUUGAUUCUGUAAACAUCCUCCUGACAACCCACAAUGAAUAUGAAUAUUCAUCAACUUUGUCAGUUGCUGAAGAGCGAAGAAAUAUAUCGGUUUUGCAGAAUUAUGGAGAAUUACUGUGAAUUUUGUUAAUUUCCUGAAGGCGAUUUGUUUGACAUGAAAUUUGCUUUAAUGUUUGCUGAGAGCUGAGUUAAUGUGUAAGUGCUUUGCUACAGUCUGUUAUUAAAUGCUCGCACACUA